AAAUUUAAUUAACUCUCAUUUUUCUUUAUUUUGCCGUCGAUCUUCAUUGUUUGUUGUUACCAUUCCAAUUUUCUCAGUCCCAGAAGAAGAAACCCACUCUACUUUUCUGCUUCUCUCUCCCUCUCUCUCAUCCCCAUUACCGGAAAAAAUAAGAUGCUCCACUUUUUUUCAACAGCUUUUAAUUUGAUGGGUGUUUGAUUAUAUGGGGAAAAAGGUGUAAUCUUUGUGGCACAUUCUUGAAAUGGAAAGUGGGAAGAAGGCAGAAACCCUAGAGGGUUUGUUGGAGUCGAAAUUUAGCCAGGAGGAUAUAUUUUCUAGUGAAUGUGGGAGCUUUGUUGGUUUGUUAAGUGGUGUAAAUGAGAAGUGUGUGGGUGAUGGUUGUGGGAGUCGAAAUGAAUUAAGCAAUGUGGAGUUGGCAAGACUGUUUGGUGAGGGGGUUGAUGGUGUUGCUGGAUAUAAUGGGAUGAGUGAAGAGUCUGUGUACGGUUAUCCCGAUGAAAAUCUGUUGGUCUCAUUGCAAGGGAAUGGUGUGCAAGAUAAUGAUGUUCCGGUGUUUAACGAGGAGUUGGCAUUUAGUGGGAUUGAUGAGGAUCGGAGUGCAAAGGUUGAGGAAUCUGUGGGAAAAUUAGGUGAAACUUUGCAUUGUGAUGAACCUUUUUACAAUGGGGAGAUUGAGGCUCCUGUGGAAACGUGUGGUGAUGUAUUGCUCCCUCAUGAGCCUGAUUCUUCUACAAAGAUAGAAGCUUUUGGAAAUAGCAUGAAUUUGUCUGUCGGAGUUUUUGGUCCCUUGGAUGGAAUUUCUGAUGAUGAUUUGGACCAACCCGGGAAAUGCAAGUCUGGAGAGAGUGACUUCAAGCAAGAUUUCUCGCCCGAUGAUAAUGGCACCGUCUCUACUGGUGUUACAGAUUUGAGAUCCAACUCUGAAGGGAGGGGAGGCAUUAUUGGUGAACAAGAACGCAUGUUUGAUAAUGGUGAUCUAGUAUGGAUUAAAACCCGAACUCAGUCAUGGUGGCCUGGUAUGGUAUGUUGUCCUUCCACGGCUAGGAAUGAUAUGGCAAAGCGCAGCUGCCUUGUUAAAUACUAUGGCAAUUCAAGUAUUGUUUGGUGUGACAUUGCAGACUUAAGGCCUUUUGUUGAUUACUUUGAACAGAUAUCGGGGCAAAAUAACUCCAGAAGUUUUUUAAGUUCGGUUGAGAGGGCUAUUUGUGAGAUUGGGUUGCGUGUGCAGUUAAAGAUGACUUGCCCGUGCUUUCCAAAGGACAGUGCAGUUAAAGAAGAAAAUUUGAUAUCAACGGAGAAAGCAAGCAUGAUUGACUUUGGGUCAUUAUCUCAGUUCCAGCCUGCAUCAUUUGUUGCAGAAAUCAGGGAUCUCGCCCGAUCUAUGCAUGCACCUGGUAAAAUUGAGUUGACGGUCAUGAGGAAUCGUUUGUCACCAUUCUAUCGUUCCAUGGGACAUUUUGAGUUGCCUUUGCAGCUGCUCAUGCCAGACGUGAAAGAUGAAAAUGGUACGGAUAUGUUUGGAGAUGGUAGAAAACCUGUGGAAGCCAACGAUGGCAAUCUUAGUAAAACCAGGAGGUAUAUGAAGAGGAAGAAUCCUGAUGAUAAAUUAACUUCCUCAGCUAAAGGCAUGGAAUCGCGGGAAAGGAAAAAGAGCAGAUUUUUAUCUUAUCCAUAUGUGGAUAUAAUCAAGGGGCAGGAGAAAGAGGGUCUGGUGCCAAGCUCUGGCCCGGAGGGUGGUUGCAGUGGCAUGGAUUCGCGGAAGAGAGGCACAAAGAAACCUUCCAAGGAACGUCAUAUAGUCAGCAAAGCAGACGACAUUAGUGCUUCUUCAGCCGAAUUGGUAGCUGAACUAUCUGCUUUAGCUUGUGAUUGUUCUUAUAUAAGCAGAACUAAGUAUUUGGAUUCGCUCGAGAGGUUCUAUUGUAGUUUCAGAAUGUUUGCAUUUCUAGACGCUGAUAUUGCCUCCAAGGCUGGUGGGGACCAGCCGGCAAUAGUUCUUGAAGCUGGCGAGCAAAUGGAAGGAGGCAAAGUGUUGAAAAAAUCGAAGAAACAGAAGGCCAACACUGCAUCCGCCAAAGAGAGUGUAGAGAAUGUCGUAGAUGGAAAUCAGAAAGUGCAAGAUAAUGUUGUUCGAAAGAGGGUUAGGAAAAAGAAGGUGCAAGUGGCAAAUUCUGUGGAACAGAUGGAAGGUAUUCGAGUUGGGAAAGAAUCUGAGAACCAAGAAGCGAUCCUUGCACCGGGCAGUUUAGAAAAUGCCGCCAAAACAGAAAAUCUGCUAGCAAAAGAGAACGCCGUGUAUAUGGAGACUAACAAAGAGAAAGAGAAAAGCACACCGGCUGGUUUGCAGUCUGUACAAAAUCCUUUUCCAAACAUUUACCCGAAUAGCUCAUGGGUGAUUAACUUCCAGCAGGCUUGCUCGAGUUUAUUCAAAAGCAGCAAAGCUCCCCAGAAUAGCAUCAGAUCAACUCCUGGGUUACCUGAUACAAACUCAAUUCCUAUAUUACCAGAUUUGAAUGGUAUCCAUCCAGGCUUCCCCCCUGAUCAUAUACCGGUUGGAGUGCCUACUUCAAAUCUAGUUACUCCCGUUGAUCAUAUACCGUUUGGAGUGCCUACUUCAAAUCUAGUUACUCCUUUACCAGAACAGAAGAAGGAAGGAUUAGUCUCUCCUGCCAUAAAUGGUCUUCACCCCAUAAACCUUGCCUCCGAUUCAUCAUCCAAGGAUGUAGCACCAGCCUUCCAAAACACUCUGGUAUCCAAUAACAGGGUGAAUGGCAUUCGUCAAUGUCUAGUCGGGGAUUUUACAGCCCGAGCACCGGAACCUCUUACAAUGAGCUCAUUUAUCAAGCACUCACUUCAGAUGGGUAGCUUUCUUUCUUCUGGUAAGCCCGAACCUAAGAAACGAAAGAGAAAGGAGAAGACUAGCUGUGAAGUAGCUCCAAGUAUCCCGGAUUUGAAUGGUAACGUGUUGGAUACGAGCCCCUUAGGAACAGCUACACCCGAGGGGUGUCAUAUUCUGCCUGAGGGUGAACCACAGAGAAAGAGGCGAUAUAAAUGUGACGGUGGUGAAUUGGAUGGUGGCAGUGUUCUUCUAAACUUUGCCCAGGGAAGCGUGCCUCCGAAAGAAACGUUGGUAGCUACGUUUUCCAGAUUUGGAUUGUUGAAGGAAUCUGAGCUCGAGUUUCUAAGUGAUGAUAGCGUCAAGAUUGUGUACGAGAGAAGCUCCGAUGCUAGAUUUGCAUUUCGGAGUUUGGAGAAGAGCUGCACAUUCGGAGAAUCACUCCUGAAUUUCAGUCUUGACAGCAGCAUGCCAGAGCCCCCAAAGAUGAAGAAGAAGCAAACUAAUCCGCAGCUGCAAACCUUUGUGCCUGUGGCCGUGGGAGCAUCCAAGAACCGAACCACUAAGAUUGGGGCGGUGCCUGACAUCGCGUCCAUCAAGCAGAACGUGGAAAUGAUGAGGUCGACUCUGGAGAAAGCAGGCAACAGUCUCUCUCAGGAGAUGAGAGCCAAGCUGGAGAAUGAGAUCAAAGCUUUUCUUGACAAAAUCAGCUCCUCUUAGUAAGUGUAGAAGUUUUGAAUAAACCUUGUAGUGUGGUUAUGGCCAUUUUCCACAUUGGAGGGUGGGGGUUGAGAACUUGAGAGAAGGGGAGGUUUUUUUGCUGCUAGUAUUUUUUUGAAUUUGGUAGUUUGUUGCUUUUCCCUCUCCAUUAUCAACCCUCAAAAAUCUGUUGGCUGUAGUAAUAUUAAUUUAAUUGAAAUAUUAGUUGGGUAAA